AUGAACAUAACAAUCCCCGGAUACGCACCACGCAACGCGUCUGUAGCUGCACAGCGAACUCCAUUCCGAACACGCUCGCCGAAAACGCCAGAUUUUCCUUUACUGGCCCGCACAACAGAUAAAUGUGAAGCAUGCCUUGCCAACUGUUCUUAUCGCCUUCUAUCCAUAGCCAAAGCAAUCCCCUUUGCCAUCAUCCCGAUAGCUCAAAAGAGCGACGGACGUCGUGAAACAGGACCGGGACCUCAUGUGAAACAAACCUUUUCUCCUCGAAGAACGACGUCAAAGGCGACUUCGAAGAGAGCACAAGUCCAAAUUCAGGACCCUGCUGGUGCGCAGCCUGAGGUUUCAUCAAUCAUCAAAUCAUCAUCUACGAAGACAAUUCGUCUUCUGUUGCUCCCAAUGAAGCCUGCCAUUUCCAUCUUCGCAGGAUCAAAUAUGAGGUCGGUGCCAACAACAUCUUUAUAUUCGCCGCGAUAG